UAACUUUUCAUUGUCAUGGUGGUGACCUAUUUGAAGGCUGUUGAAGUAACCAGUGAAGUGAAUUCAUGGGCUGAAAAGGAGACAAAUGGCCUUAUCAAACAGCUCCUACCUCCUGGAUCAGUUGACCACACAACCAGGCUCAUUUUUGCAAAUGCCUUGUAUUUCAAAGGAACUUGGGGUAAAAAGUUUGAUCCAUCGAAAACAGAAGACUAUGACUUUCACCUUCUGAAUGGGAGUUCAGUUUGCGUUCCUUUCAUGACCAGUAUGGAGAAGCAACUUAUCGGUGCCUACGAUGGUUUCAAAGUUCUAGGGCUUCCUUAUAAACAAGGUGGGGACAAGCGCCGAUACUCAAUGUAUUUAUUUCUCCCAGAUGCAAAAGAUGGUUUGCAAGCUCUGGUAGAGAAGUUAGGAUCUGGUUCUGGGGUUAUUGAUAAUCAUAUUCCCCACAAACAAGUUGAAGUAGGUGACUUUAGGAUUCCGAAGUUUAAAAUCUCUUUUGGCUUUGAAGCUUCUAAAACUCUGAAGGAAUUAGGACUGGUGUCACCCUUUUCCGAAGGAGGUUUGACAGAGAUGGUGGACUCCCCAGUGGGGCAGGGCUUACAUGUUUCGAGCAUUUUCCAUAAUUCAUUCAUUGAAGUCAAUGAAGAAGGAACAGAAGCUGCAGCUGCUUCUGCUGGAAUGAUAAGAUUUCGCAGUUGUAGUUAUAUUGUUAAUAAAAUAGACUUUGUAGCUGACCACCCGUUCCUGUUCCUGAUCAGAGAGGACUUGACUGGCAUGGUUCUGUUCAUCGGGCACGUUCUGAAUCCAUUGGAGGCUGACUGAAACUGGUAUGGUGAUACUAAUUGUUGAGUUAAUGAAAUCUAACGAACUUACAUCUAUGGAAAGUGGGAUUUUCUGUACAUAGGUAAUAUUCAAUGCCUGGACAAUUCUAUUCUAGGAUAUUGUGUGUACUUAGGUAAUAUCCAAUGCCUGGACAAUUCUAUUAUAGGAUAUUGUGUCUAAACCCUUGUUCGUUGUUAUCCUCAUGAAGCUCCCUUAUCCUUUCUGUUCUGGUUCAUGGAUGAAGCUGAUAUUGGCAUUAGACAGGGAUAUAAAUGUGGUGAUUAUAGGUAUAUAUCUAAUAUGUGGAUGUGAGUGCUGUUUGUUGCGGAAAA